AUGCCCUUUCCAUCUUUGAUCUUUGUCAACCUCUCGACAUCACUCUCUUCGCCGCCCUGCGUUUCUCAAUUUACUGCUUCUGUUAACUUAGGGUUUUCCUUCCUCCUUCUCUCCGAUUGAGUAUGGCCGGAAUGAAAUUGACGCCGGAAGAUUCCGAUACUACGCAGGUCAGACCUACGGCAGCAGCCGACUUGAUUUCCGACGACGACCGGUCCGUGGCCGCGGACUCCUGGUCUAUAAAGAGCGAGUACGGGAGUACCCUUGACGACGAGCAGCGUCACGCUGAUGCCACUGAAGCUCUUUCAGUGGCCAGUUACAGAGCCGCUUCUGACUACAGUUCUGACAAAGAAGAUCAAGAUGCCGAAGGAGUUUCUUCAAUGCUUGGUUUCCAGACUUAUUGGGAUGCCGCAUAUGCUGAUGAAUUGACAAAUUUUCGAGAGCAUGGCCAUGCUGGUGAAGUUUGGUUUGGUGCUGAUGUAAUGGAAACUGUUGGUUCCUGGACCAAAAGCUUGUGCAUUGAUAUUGCCCUAGGUCACUUACCAAAUCACAUAGGGGAUACCAAUUCAAUUCCUGCCGGGCAUCUUGAAAAAGACUUGUCUAAAUGGAGUGUGCUUGACAUUGGGACUGGCAAUGGCUUGCUUCUUCAAGAGCUUGCUAAACAGGGGUUCUCUGAUCUCACUGGAACUGACUAUAGUGAAGGAGCAGUUGACCUUGCUCGAAAUCUUGCUGAUCGUGAUGGUUUCCCUGAUAUCAAAUUCUUGGUCGAUGACAUUCUUGAAACAAAGUUAGAUAGGAAGUUUCAGCUUGUUAUGGAUAAAGGUACCUUAGAUGCCAUUGGAUUGCAUCCUGAUGGUCCUAUCAAAAGGAUCAUGUACUGGGACUCCAUCUCAAAACUUGUAGCUCCUGGUGGGUUAUUGGUCAUUACAUCGUGCAACAGUACGAAGGACGAAUUGGUAGAAGAAGUGUCUGCUUUCAACCUCAACCAAAGAAGAAACCCUGGUAGUCAAGAAUCGGAGGGGACUCAAGAGCAGGAAACCCCCAGAGAUCCUCCUCCAUUCCGAUACCUUGAUCAUGUUCGAUCCUAUCCAACAUUCAUGUUUGGAGGAUCCGUAGGAUCCCGGGUUGCCACAGUCGGCUUCCUAAGGAUCUGAAUCAAUAAAACUUUUUAUGUAUUCGAGUGAACGUGACUUCUGGUUCUAAGCUUUUUAUGUAUGGCCGAAUGUUACUGUUCAGUAUUCUAUCUUUCAAAAAUUACAGGAAUUUAUUGGAUGCCAUCCAGAAGUUCCCUCAUUUAUGAACGGGGAGUAUUUAGUCAUGUUAUGCUUAUUAUGUUGCAAAA